AUGUCGGCUACUCAAGAUAUUGUUAAUGGUGGUUUUGAAGGUCCUGAAAAAUUACUCGAAAUUUGGUUUGAAUGCUCGUCAGAAGCAGUAUCAGAAUCCAAGAAUGGUUUCGAUUCUGAUGGCUCUUCAACGAAGGUUGGUUUACGUUCGAUUGAAAAAGAUGUUUGGAUGGAUGUUCUGAGCAUUGUCAAGUGUAAAAUACUAAACAUUAUUGAAAAUGAUUAUAUGGAUGCAUUUUUACUAAGCGAAUCGUCAAUGUUUAUUUACCCCCAUAAAUUGAUUCUAAAAACGUGCGGUACAACGACACUUCUCACUGCUAUACCUCGUUUGUUGGAAAUUGCCACAGAGCGUUGUAAAUUGAGUAAAGUGUGGAGGGUAUUCUAUUCUCGAAAAAGUUUUAUGUUUCCAGAAAGGCAACCACAUCCUCAUAAAGAUUGGAAAGAUGAAAUUGCCUACCUGGACCAAUAUUUUGAUCGCGUAUGGUCAAUCUCGAGUUUUCCACAAAGUUUACAAAGUCUUCUUCAAGCCCACUACCGAUUGACUGUUGUAAAACAGAAAAUCUAUAACGGUGCUGCUUAUAUUGUCGGAAAAAUUAACGGCGACCAUUGGUGCUUGUACUUAACUUCACCACAGGGGGACCUAACCAUUGGUUCUAGUAUAUCUCCGCAAAUUCCAGAUUUUCCGAUAAUCGAUAAUCUUUCAGAUCCAACUGGUUAUUCAAAAGGAGAAUGUAAUCAUAGCGAUCUGGAUGAUCAGACCAUAGAAAUUUUGAUGAGCAAUCUUGGUCCGGAAACCAUUAGAAAGUUUUAUUAUAACCCUACAGAUUGCGAUGUAGGAACCGGUUGUGUCCGAAUUAAUCAGGAAACUGGUUUAAUUAACCUUUAUCCUUCCGCGCAACUAGAUUCUUAUCUGUUUAAACCUUGUGGAUAUUCGGCGAAUGGGUUAUUAGAGGAAAAUUAUUUCACCAUCCAUGUGACACCAGAGCCAAACUGUUCUUACGCUUCAUUUGAAACAAACAUCCCAGUCGUCUAUGGAAAAAUCUCAAGUCUCAUUCAACAAGUGAUCUCCAUAUUUGAUCCCGGAAAUUUCACUGUAACGAUCUUUAAGACUCAAGGGGGAAACAUAGACACAAGAUAUCUAGUCUCUUCACUGAGCAACGUUCUGGGUUAUAUUCGAAAAGAUAAGAUUCUGUACGAGUUUGAUGGUUAUGACUUAAUUUUUGGACAUUUUGAAAAGAAAUAA